UCUGGGCUGAAGCGAGGCCAAUCCCAUCUGCGCCGCACAACUACGUUCCCAUCUCGUUCAUUGUCGAGAGUCUUUUAUUGUCAAGAGGCCUCAUUCUCUUCUUGCCGCCUUUGCAACCCCACACUCGCUACUUUCUCUGAUACUCACCGCAGUCUCACCUGCUCUUCACCCCAGAUCACCCAAAAUGCUUAUCGGCGUAGUCGACAUGGGCUCCAACGCCGUCCGCUUCACCGUCACCGACCUCUCCUCCCCCCACACCGCCCGCAACCUCCCCACUCUCUACCAAGACCGCGCAAAGAUCUCUCUCUACGACGCCCUCUCCUCUUCUAGCGACCGCCGCAUCCCUCGCUUGGUGAUUGAACGGCUCCAAGUGUCGCUGCGGCGGUACGACGUCGUCUGCCGCGCGCUCGGCGUGCGCUCUGAGAACGUGUCGGUCUUUGGCACAGAGGCUUCUCGCACCGCUGCAAACUCCGGUGAGCUGCUGCAGGCAAUCAAGGCCGUCAACGAUAAGUGGUCGGUCUCUCUUCUAGCGCAGGGCAUGGAGGCAAAGUACGGCGCGCUCGGCAUCGCCGCUUCCAAUCAUGAGAUCAACGGCGUCGUCAUGGAUCUCGGCGGCGGCAGUAUCCAGGUCUCCUGGGUCUCGACCUUGGGCGGCAAGCUCUCCAUUUCCGAGACCGCAGUGUCGCUGCCGUAUGGGGCCGCCGCGCUCUCUGUCAAGCUCGCAAAGACAAAGUCGCACUCCGAAGUCAGAUCAGAGCUGAUCAAGGCGUUUGCCUCUGCCCUGCGGCGGAUCGAGCCCCCUUUCAGCCUGAAAGGAGCGAACCUCUAUCUCUCCGGCGGCGGGUUCAGAGCACUGGGAUGUUUUGCAAUGAGCAUCUUGUCGGAUGACGAGUAUUACCCUGUGCCGAUCGUGAACGGGUAUCGGUGCUCGCUCAAGGAUUUGGAUAAGGUCACGCAGCGGCAGAUUAACGAGCAGAUCGCGGGUAGGUUGGAGGAUAUGUUUCGUAUAUCAAAGAGGCGGGCGUCGCAGCUGCCCAGUAUAUUCUUUUUGAUGCAGGCGUUGAUUUCGGCAGCUCCCGCACUAGGAUCAGCGUACUUUUGCCAGGGCGGCACAAAAGAAGGCUAUCUCUACUCCAAACUAAGCGACUCCGUCAAAUUCAAAGACCCGCUCCUCUGCAGCUCUAUAGAGUACGCGACCCCCGCGUCCGAGAAAAUCGCGACGCUACUAGACUUUGCCAUGUCGGCCUUCACCCCCGCCUACAUCACCAAACGCAUCGCGCCGACGAUCGCAAACCUGCUCUACGUGCACGGCUCGUACUCCAAAGACACGCAAGCCACUGCCGCGCUGAACUUUGCCAUCACAGGUCCGCUCGCCAAGGCGUUCGGUCUCUCGCACGUCGAUCGGGCGUUGAUCGGAAUCAUCCUCUGCGAGCGGUGGGGCGGCGACGUGUUUGACGAGCGCGUGCUGGGCCGGCUGUGUAGUUUGGUCGUGAGCGAGAGCAGGGGAAGUUUAGGAUACACGUACAUGUUUUGGGGGUACUAUAUCGCCAAGCUGGGUACCGUGCUCGCAGAGCUGUUUCCGGCGGGGAUCGCGGAUGGCGGGGGGAGUAGUCGUGUGAAGAUUGGGGUGGUGAAGGAUGAGGUUGAUGUGAUGAUUGUGGAGAUGAUUUUUGCGGGCGAUGAUCCGCUUAGGUUGGCGAGCUGGGAUAAGAUAGAGGGAUUGGAGAAGGCGAUUCGGAAGUUCAAGAAACGAUAUGAUGUGUCUAAAGUUCCGGUGAUUUCUUUCCGAACAAAGGUUGUAUGAUAGCGUCUAAGAUAUGAGUGUAUA